UAAGUUUAAAUUCAGUGGUUGGGGAGAGGCGUGUGUGUGACGUCAUUGACUGGCAUGUGUCAUGUGACUCUUUGUUGACAUCGAGGCAGCAGAAUCAAGAUGGCGGCGCGGUGGAGCAGCGAGAAUGUGGUGUUGGAGUUUCGCGACGCACAGGCAACCACCAUGUCUGUGGACUGUCUGGGCUCCCAUGCUGUGCUGUCUGGGCGGCGUUUCCUGUACAUGGUCAACUUGGAGGCGCCGUGUGAGCUGGCGAGGAAGAUGGCUCGCCACAGUAAGUGGGACGUGGGCACGGUCCAGUGGAACCCUCACAAGUCCCACUCGCAUAUCUUCGCCGCCUCGAGCAACCAGCGUGUGGACUUAUAUUCAUGGAAGGAUGGCAGUGCCGGAGAUGUCCACACGUCCCUGCAAGGACACACGAGAGUAAUCAGUGAUCUGGACUGGUCGUGCUUUGAAGCGGAGUUCCUGGUCACCAGCUCCGUGGACACAUACAUGUACAUCUGGGACACCAGAGACACGCGGAAGCCCGCUGUGGCUCUGUCUGCUGUUGCGGGUGCGUCUCAGGUGAAAUGGAACCGCAGGAACCAGAACCUGCUGGCGUCCAGUCACGAUGGUGAUGUUCGCAUCUGGGACAGAAGGAAGCCCAACACGGCUGCCGAGUACGUGGCGGCCCACUUGUCCAAGAUCCACGGUCUGGACUGGCACCCGGACAACGAGUUCAUCCUGGCCACGAGCAGCCAGGACAACUCAGUAAGGUUUUGGGAUUACAGACAGCCCAGGAAGUACCUGAACAUCCUUUCGUGUCAGGUGCCAGUCUGGAAGGCUCGCUAUACGCCGUUCUCCAAUGGCCUGGUCACAGUGAUGGUCCCUCAGCUGAGACGCGAGAACAGCCUUCUUCUGUGGUCCACGUUGGACCUCAACAGUCCAGUCCAUGCCUUUGUGGGACACGACGACGUCGUUCUUGAGUUCCAAUGGAGGCCGCAGAAGGAAGGUCAGUGCACGCUAAGGUCGAGGCUCCACCUCUUUUCGCGACUGGGUCAGUGCACUUCCUUGUUUGUGUCCUGUGUCUCAGGUACUAAAGACUACCAACUGGUCACAUGGUCCAGAGAUCAGACUCUGAGGAUCUGGCGGGUGGACCCUCAGCUGCAAAAGCUGUGUGUCAGCGACUUGGCAGACGACUUGAUGGAGGGAAUGUCUCUCAACAUGGAUACGGACAAGUCGCUGACGUCCAAUGACCCUGACGGACAACACACCAGAAUUCCUGCUGGACAACACCUGCACGAUCAAGAUGGCGUGGCAGGCUCGGGUGGUCGCCUGGACUCAGCUGCGUCGUCAAGUCUCCCUCAGACGCUACAGCAGGAAUUCUCUCUGGUCAACCUGCAGAUCAGGAACGUCAACGUGGAGGUGAGCCGUGGACAGACCGAGAUGAAACAAUUUGGAGGACGUGGAGAUUCCAACGUUAUUUUUUGGGGGUGGCGGGGACAGAUGGACGCGAUGAACUGCAGCUGUGUGGUGUCGGCUCAUUUUGGGAGUCAUCAGGUUCGACUGCUGAUGAAAUUCCCAGGACAAUAUCCCAACAACUGCGCCCCUACCUUCCAGUUUGUCUCCCCGACGACCAUCUCCACCGCAAUGAAGAGCAAGAUCCACAAAAUCCUCACCGACAUGUCCCUGCAGAAGGUCAAAAGGAACCAGAACUGUCUAGAACCUUGUGUCCGACAGCUCGUGUCCUGUCUCGAGUCGGACAUGACGCAGGAUGACAGUCCGUCCUCAGGCCCCUUCGUCCUGUCCAAUCCUGUCGCUCCAGCGCUGCAGGCGUUUCCUCGAGUCACCAACACAUAUGGAUCAUACCAGGACGCCAACAUUCCCUUCCCCCGCACAUCAGGGGCUCGGUUCUGUGGAACCGGCUGUCUGGUUUACUUUACACGACCGAUCACCAUGCACCGCUCAGCCCCACCCACUGAGCCCACUCCAAGGUCCCUGUCAGCUCUGUCGGCCUAUCACAGCGGUGUGUUGACCCCCAUGAAGAUCCGCUCGGAGUCUCAGAGCGCUCUGCGUCUAUACAGCAGCAGUCCAACUCGCUCGGACAAAGACACCGUGUCCAUCUCGUCCUUCUACUACAAAGAGCGGAAAUCUCGCCGCUUUAAGACCAAGAGGGACGGGGCAGACUACGGUAGUCGGUCCAUCAAGUUGGCAGGGAAGGUGAUCAUCCAGGAAAUCUCCUGCCUGCUUCCUGUCCACAAAGUCCUUGGAGAGAAUUACAUUCUGAACAUGCGUGACAUCCAGGACACGUGUCAGAAGAAUGCAGCCGCCGCGCUGGCAGCCGGACGUAGAGAUGUAGCCAAGGUGUGGGCUUUGGCAUCUGCAGCAACAAGUCGUGACCUGAGUCCAGACUCAGACCCCGACACGAACGCUCCUUGGGCGAGUCAUCCGUUUGGUCGCCACCUGCUGGACACUCUUGUGGACCACUACAGUCACAUGAGUGACGUUCAGACUCUCGCCAUGCUGUGCAGCGUCUUCACAGACUGUCACCCGCCACACGGUCCGUCACAGUCUCGCUCCCCCGUGUUCCUGCCCCCUCACUCACGCUACCCCAGCUUCACCUCCGAGCUGACGUUCCCGUCCGUGUCUCGGGACUCUGAGCACGCCAACUCCUGGAGCGAGUCCUCCCCCGAAGACGGUCGCUAUAGCAACCAGGGUUGCGCUGACCCACGCGAACGCGAGAGCGAGCAGCACGACAUGAACAAGAGACUUCUGGACCCCACCAACACGCUGCAGUUUGACGACUUCAAGAAGUGUUACAGUGAAAUCUUGUACCGCUGGGGCCUCCGAGACAAACGAGCCGAUGUUCUCAAGUUUGCUUCCUGUCCGCCGGAACCGCACCAAGGCGUCGAGUUUGGCGUGUUCUGCUGCCACUGUCGCAGUCAGGCGCGGGGGACGCAGUGCGCCGUGUGCAAGCGCCUCACCUUCCAGUGCGCCGUGUGCCAUGUGGCCGUGCGGGGCUCCUCCCACUUCUGUCUCAGCUGCGGUCACGGCGGGCACACGGGUCACAUGAUGGACUGGUUCCGCCACCAGGACGAGUGCCCGGCGGGCUGCGGAUGCCGCUGCCUGCAGCAGAGUGUCUUCUGAUGAGCCUUGCAUUGUUGAUGAUACUGUUGUUUAUUUACCGCUGUCAAACAAUAAAAAACAAACUUUCUUCAAAUGAUGAUGUCAUCAGUUCAGUUUUUCCCUAGGACACGUGAAAACAGUGCUCAGAAAGUUCCAAUGUGAUGGGGUCACAGGUCACUUUGCUGCCAUUU